AAAAAUCUCACAGAUAAUUCUUUUUACUAAACUGUUAAGAACGAACAAAGAAAACCAGUUUCCUUUUGGCUUUGCUGGUCUAUAACUAUAAAAGCCGGGAAAGGAAACUGAAUAGUCGUUUAAAGCAGUUAGCUGACACUACAAGUAACAAUGUUGGCUUGUUCUUGGAGUGUUACCUCACUUGCACCAUACUUGUCUAACAGGAGAUAUGGAACUGGGUUUUGUUGUAAAGCUAUUGAUCUUCAAAGCCAUGCAAAUGGAGACCAAGAUAAUGAGAUAAAGAAAAAGAAGAAGAAGAAGGUAGUCAUUGUUGGCUCUGGCUGGGCUGGCCUUGGUGCUGCUCAUCACCUCUGCAACCAGGGUUUUGAUGUUACUGUUCUUGAAGGCAGUCCAGAAGAUGUUGGUAUACGUGGUUAUUGGUAUCCUCACCGAAACAUAUUUAGCCUUGUUGAUGAACUGGGAAUCAAGCCAUUCACAAACUGGAUAAAAUCUGCACAGUAUUCAGGAGAGGGGUUAGAGGUUGAGUUUCCCAUAUUCCAAGAUCUGCCUCAAUUGCCAACUCCAUUGGGAACCUUGUACUAUAGUCAAUUUACUCGGCUCCCAUUGUUUGAUAGGUUAACAUCACUUCCUUUAUUGGCUGCAGUAGUUGACUUUGACAACACUGACACAGCCUGGAAAAAAUAUGAUUCAAUUACUGCAAGGGAGCUUUUUAAACAGUUUGGCUGCUCAGAAAGGCUUUAUCGGGAUGUUUUUGGUCCAUUGCUUCAAGUGGGUUUGUUUGCUCCAGCAGAACAAUGUAGUGCUGCAGCAACUUUGGGGGUGCUAGUCUACAUCCUCUCCCACCAGAAAGAUUUUGAUAUGGUAUGGUGUCGUGGGACAGUGAAAGAAAAGAUCUUUGAGCCAUGGAUUGACUUCAUGAGGACUAAAGGUUGUGAAAUUCUGGAGGGUAGAAGAGUGACAGAUUUUUCCUUUAAUGAGGAAACAAGUUGUAUUUCAGAAGUAAUUUGUGGCAGAGAGUCGUAUAAUGCUGAUGCAGUUAUAUUGGCGGUUGGAAUUGCCAGGCUCCAAGAACUUAUCAAGAAUAGUGCAGUAUUACGUACAAGGGAGGAGUUUCUGAAGGUUUUAAACUUGGCUAGCAUUGAUGUAGUUACUGUUAAGCUUCAUCUCGAUAGGAAGGUUAAAAUCCCAAAUGCUAGUAAUGUUUGCUCUGGAUUUGAUGAUUCAUUUGGCUGGACUCUUUUUGACUUGAACGUAAUUCAUGAUGAGCACAAAGAUGAUCCAGUAACAGUCAUACAAGCCGAUUUUUAUCAUUCCAAUGAAUUCUUGCCAUUGAAGGAUGAGGACAUAGUUGCAAAAGUUAUGUCAUACCUUUCAAAGUGCAUCAAGGACUUCGAGUCUGCUUCCGUGGUGGACAAGGAGAUAGGAAGAUUGCCACAAUCUUUGACUCACUUUUUUCCAGGUUCAUACAAGUACAUGAUGCGUGGAGCUACAUCUUUCUCAAAUGUAUUCAUGGCUGGAGACUGGAUUAUAAACCGACAUGGUUCCUGGUCACAGGAGAAAUCUUAUGUCACGGGGCUUGAAGCUGCCAACCGGGUAGUAGACUAUCUUGAAGAAGGAAGCUUUGCUAAAAUAAUACCAGUAGAGGAAGAUGAACCUCACAUUGAAGCGCUUCGCAUCCUGAACAGGCGCUUCAAUGAGUUUAGAGACCAAGUUCCAUUGUCCAAUUUUUUGCUCCAGUGAACCUGUAAUUGAGUUAUUUGCUAUGUUUUAGAGCAUGUACUUCUUUUUCAUAAUGUUUACAAGGAUGCUACUGCAUGCCCAUUUUGAUUAGCUUUAGGACGUGUUUGGUUCACUGUGAUGUUACAUAAUGCCAUAAUAUUACAUUAUUGUAAUAUUACAUUAAUGUAAUCUCAAUACAAGAAUAUAACGUUACAUUGUUUA